AUGGUUAUGGUGACGAGAGAGGAUGUGGAGGACGCUUCCAAAGAGGUAAUAGAUCAUUUUAUCAAGCAUCAAGACCUUAGUGCCAAGUUUAUGGCCGUUUUGGCCAUAUUGCUUGAUGACACUGCUUCAAUCGGUUCAAUCAAGACACUCCACUCAUCACAAAAUUCACAAUUCAAUCAACCAUCUAAAUUUACCAAUUCUACAUCAUCUUCAGUUUCUUCACAAACAAGCAAUCGCACAACAUCACCUCCUCCACCAACUCCUUUUUACAACCUCACUGCCUUUAUGGAUGUUCCUUCCUCUAUAUCUGAUCCAAAUUGGUAUCCCAAUACUGGAGCUUCACACCAUAUUGCCAUCAAUGAAGAUGAAGAGAAGUCAGCAGAGUCUGAAUGGGUGAUCUCCAUGAAUGAAAAACUAGAACAGGCUAAUCAAGACGAUGCAGCGAGUUCAUGGGCCAAACUAUCAAUAUACAAAAUCCCUCACUACAUAAGAGAUGGUGGCGAUGACAAAGCUUUUGCACCACAAAUUGUGUCAUUAGGACCUUACCACCAUGGCAAAAGGCGCCUUCGCCAAAUGGACCGGCACAAAUGGCGUUCCCUUAAUCGUGUCCUUAAGCGUACCAAGCAGGACAUUAGGCUUUAUCUUGAUUCAAUGAAAGAGAUAGAAGAGAAAGCGCGCGCCUGCUAUGAAGGGCCAAUCAGUUUGAGCAGCAAUGAGUUUGUGGAGAUGUUGGUUCUUGAUGGUUGUUUUGUCCUUGAGCUAUUUAGAGGAGCUACUGAAGGGUUCACACAACUCGGCUAUUCUAGGAACGAUCCGGUUUUCGCAAUGCGUGGAUCGAUGCAUUCCAUUCAGAGAGACAUGAUCAUGCUAGAAAAUCAGCUUCCCUUGUUUGUGUUAGACCGCCUUGUAGGAAUUCAACUAGGUAACCCUGACCUGAAAGGACUUGUUGCCAAUCUAGCACUCAGAUUCUUUGACCCUUUGAUGCCAACAGAUGAGCCAUUAACAAAAAGUGACAGAAACAAAUUGGAAUCGUCGCUUAGAAGCACUGAUACCUUUGAUCCUUUAUCUGAUCAAGGUGGUCUUCACUGCCUUGAUGUGUUCAGGAGAAGUCUCUUGCGCACAGGGCCUCAACCAGCACCAAGAAUUUGGAUCAAACGCAGGUCUAAUAAUAGAGUUGCUGACAAACGGCGCCAGCAACUGAUACAUUGUGUCACAGAGCUUAAGGAGGCUGGAAUCACAUUCAAGAAGAGGAAGACCGACCGCUUCUGGGACAUCAAAUUCAAGGAUGGUAUUCUGAGAAUGCCACGGCUCUUGAUCCACGAUGGCACAAAGUCUUUGUUCCUCAACCUCAUUGCUUUUGAGCAGUGCCAUCUAGAUUGUAGCAAUGACAUUACUUCUUAUGUGAUCUUCAUGGACAACUUGAUCAACUCUCCGGGGGACGUAGGGUACCUUCAUUACUGUGGGAUAAUUGAGCACUGGCUUGGAAGUGAUGCUGAAGUAGCCGACCUGUUUAAUCGCUUAUGCCAAGAGGUAGUAUUUGACAUCAAUAACAGUUACCUUUCACCAUUGUCAGAGGAUGUGAAUAGGUAUUACAACCACAGAUGGAACACUUGGUGUGCAAGCUUGAGACACAAUUAUUUCAGCAAUCCCUGGGCCAUUAUUUCUUUGGUUGCUGCUGUUGUAUUGUUGCUGCUCACCUUUGCACAAACAUAUUAUACUAUAUAUGGAUAUUACAGACCACCACAGUAAGUGUCAUUGCAGGGUCUUACAUUUUAUGUUUAUCAAUUCAUUUCUAGCAUUGUCCCCAUUUCUUAAGAGAGUGAGUAUGUGUGUUGGGCCUCGAGACUAGCCUGGAAAACUGUGGAAGAUUGAAAUCUGAUUGAUUUGUGGCAGAGUGAGUAUUUGUGUUUGGCUAUUACAACCUCCAUUUGUGAUUAUUCACAUGCUUGGGAAACAAUAUUGGUUGAAUACAUCUUUUUUAGGUUUGGCAAGUUAGAAAACUUAGGCUUCAUUUAUGCUGUUUAUAAUAAAAUGCGGGAAACAGAUUACUCAGUUAGUCAGUUGCAUCAUAUUUAAGGGUUCUUGAGAAGCAAAUGAAUAACAAAAUACAACGUAAAAUAUAUAUCAGUAUAACCCCAUUGCAAUUUGCAAAUAUAAUAAUGAGGGGAUUCCUUGUCCACAAGCUUUGUGUCUGAUUUUCGUUAUUACACUAUGAAAGGACUAUCACUAAGGGGAAAGGAGAAUGUAAAGGACUUCAAAAACCCCAAAUAUUCCCCAAAGCUAAAACAUUACUGGGGCGUCAAAACUUCCAAAGAUGUCCAAACAAUUGCUCACUUGGAA